CUGAAGCUGGUGCUAGUGCUGAAUCUCGCGCGCAUCGACGCGCUGCUGGAGCGCAGGGCCACGAGGUUCUCGAACCUGUAUUCCAAGCUGAAGCUGGUGCUAGUGCUGAAUCUCGCGCGCAUCGACGCGCUGCUGGAGCGCAGGGCCACGAGUGCUGAUCCUCGCGCGCAUCGACGCGCUGCUGGAGCGCAGGGCCACGAGGUCAGUGCAUUAGCUCCUAGGGCUGCAAACUUAGCGGAACAACCCAGGAGGAGCUGUCAGCUGCAGGAUUUACCAAUUAGCUGGAGCUUAGACAGUUUAGCCGUGUGGUUCCUGCAGUUCCGUGGCUGUGGGCCGAACCUGUACUCCAAGCUGAAGCUGGUGCUAGUGCGCAAGGACGAGCAGAAGUCGGCGGCGCUGCGGGCGCACCUCGCGCGCAUCGACGCGCUGCUGGAGCGCAGGGCCACGAGGUUCCUGACCGGCGACACGAUGUGUUGCUUCGACUGCGAGCUGAUGCCGCGGCUGCAGCACAUCCGCGUCGCCGGCAAGUACUUCGUCGACUUCGAGAUCCCGACGAGCUUCCGCGCGCUCUGGCGCUACAUGUACCACAUGUACCAGUUGGACGCGUUCACGCAGAGCUGCCCUGCCGACCAGGACAUCAUCAACCAUUACAAACUCCAACAGUUGUCGGUGAAAGGCCUGGGCCUCUCGCCCGCGCCCGCGCGGCCUAGCGAUACGAACACGGCGCUGAAAAUGAAGAAACACGAAGAACUCGAGACGCCGACGUUCACGACAUCUAUCCCUGUCGACGUGAGCGAGAAUCACGCGGACUAACGCCGCGGAGCGAACUGAGCCUUGGUACAAUACACAUUAGGCGGGAAAUCGAAUGUCCACCGUUAUUUUAGCAUACACUACGUGCUGUUUCUUUGCAUUUCUCGGCGGGGGCUACAAUAGAUGGCGCUGCGGCGCGUGAGGUAUGAAAAAUCAGUUUUAAUAAUAUCAUUGAGGUAAUUAUUAUACCUUAAUCUAAAAAAAAUACUUCCAAAAAGUCGUCAUAUCUUUUAAACUCGCGUGUCUGACAGCGUCAUAAACUUUCAGUAGCUCCUAGCGCCAACGCCUUAAGCCGUCCGUACGCCUCAAAAUGUGUGGCAAAAGUCUAUGGUUUGUAAAACAAGUCCAAUUUUUAUUGACAUAAUAAUUAUUUUUAGUUUCAAAAGUGAUAAAAUGUUAAGAUAUUUAGUCGGAUUAAAAUUAUAGCAAUAUUUUAUUUUUAAAAUCAAAAUCAUAUCCACAUUUUACUGAUAGAAUUUAAUGUUUAUAAAAUUUACGUGGUGUCAAUUUGAAUUGAAAAAUACACUGACCGAAUUGUUAAGACCGGUGGAUUUUUGGCGAAAAUCAAUGGAUAAACGGAAAUCGCGAGAUAUAAUUUCCAGGAUUUCUUGUAGGUAUGUACUCAAAAAGAACACCGAUCUUAAGAUAUCGGUCGAGCUGUAUGUUGUAACGCUAGCCGAGAGUGCAACGCAUUGUACCGAGGGCCGCCCGCUCGCCCCACGCCCUAUCAGAAAGAGACAGUAAUAUAUUUUUAUAAAGUAGUCUUUUUUUUAAUGUCGGUACUAGACUAGACUAGAAAUUGAGAUUGAAUGCUUGGUUCGGUGCAAUUGAAAUACAAAGUUACGAUCGGAUGGAUAGCUGUUGUGGGUUGAUGAGCGAUUUUAUUUGGCAUUUUUGAGACGAUGAAAAAUAUCGAUCAAGGUUAUAAACAUAUUAUUAUCUUCUUGCCUUUGGACAACACUAUUCAAACCGGUUCACAACCGUAAAUUCAAAACCUUAUACGAUAUUUUUCAUCGUCAGUGUUGCAAGGAAAAAAAAGUUAAUUAAUUUAUAAUAUCCUCUCUUGUUACAUCCGAAUAUCGGUUCGUGUCAAUAUCGAAGGCAAAGUGAGAGGUGAUAGUGGCCAUUAGCGUUUUGGUUUAAAGCGGUUUUGAGAACCGCUAAGUAUUUAUGUUUUAAUCAAAUUGCUGUAUAAACGCCCGGCAGAGGUGCUGAACAAAUCAAGUGAAGUUAUUGAAGGUCGUCGCACAUUUAUCAAUCGACCUGGCAUCAGCUCGCCUUGUUAGCAACGUGGAAUCUUGUAGCGAUCAAUCGAGGUGUUUAGAACCUUCUUACGUAGAUGAAAAGGUCGAUUUGGCAAUGGGUAAGAUAAGCAACCAGACGAUGAAUAGUUGUGCGACAACCUUAGCUCUGACUCUAACAAACCGUAAUAUGUAGACGCGUGUACCUUUGUCCGUACGAAAAUGUUUCAGUUCUUUCAUCACGGAAUAACAUAGUUAUUAGAUGAGUGUUCAAACACAACGAAUAGGCGAUCAGUUAUAUCGUAUUGUAUGUAUAUUCACGGUAGAUAUAAGAUUGGUUUACAGUAUUCAUUUUAUUUGUUCUUUUUUGGACUCCCCUAGAUUAGUGAUUAGGUUAGAAGUUGAGACAAUUUCACCGCCAUUUUGUUUUAAAUGCCUCUGCCUUAUUUUGUAUCCUGCGUCGAUUCUAAAUUUACAAUUAUUUACGUUUUUAUACCAAUAAGUAGCAUUUUGUGAGUGCUCUUGCCUGCCUCAAGGUUACCUUUUUAAAGGUAGAUUUACGUUAAGUACUUAUUUUUCAUUUAUAUUUAAUUACAAAUAUCAUUAUUUAUGUUUUUGUUUAUUUAUGUGUGAGAAUUACAAUAGAAUGAUAAAGUGAGGCUUUAAGUUGGACCACCUAUUUAAUAUAAAUUUUGGAAUUCUCCGGUUAGGGAAUAUGUCUUUCUCAUACAAUUGAUUGUAUUAGAAAAAUAUAUUAACUUAAUAUCAAUUCAUUAAGCAGUACACACAGAGACAAGGGCGAGAGACGAUCAACAUGUCGAUUGGACAAUGUAUAAAAUAUUAACUA